UGCGGCGCGCCGCUUCCGGUCCCCAGCGCCGGGCCGGAGCGAAUGUCUUCCCCCUCGGUGGGGCCGGUGCUGGGCUAGCCAAGACUCCCGGGAGCCCGCGAUCGCACUGCGCCAGCCAGCGAUUCCGCCGGCACCAGCGUCCCACUCGUGCCUGUGACCAUGGCCACCGACUCGUGGGCCCUGGCAGUAGACGAACAGGAAGCGGCGGCUGAGUCGUUGAGCAACUUGCAUCUGAAGGAAGAGAAAACCAAACCAGAUGCCAACGGUGCUGUUGUCAAGACCAGUACUAAUGCAGAGAAGACAGAUGAAGAAGAGAAAGAGGACAGAGCUGCCCAGUCCUUACUCAACAAGCUGAUCAGAAGCAACCUUGUCGAUAACACAAACCAGGUGGAAGUGCUCCAACGGGAUCCAAACUCCCCCCUCUACUCAGUGAAGUCCUUUGAGGAGCUUCGGCUGAAACCACAGCUUCUCCAGGGAGUCUAUGCCAUGGGCUUCAACCGUCCAUCCAAGAUACAGGAGAACGCACUGCCUUUGAUGCUUGCUGAGCCCCCACAGAACUUAAUUGCCCAGUCUCAGUCUGGUACUGGCAAAACAGCUGCCUUUGUCUUGGCCAUGCUCAGCCAAGUGGAACCUGCAAAUAGAUACCCCCAGUGUCUUUGCCUCUCCCCAACUUAUGAGCUCGCCCUUCAAACGGGAAAAGUGAUUGAGCAGAUGGGCAAAUUUUACCCUGAACUGAAGCUAGCUUAUGCUGUUCGAGGCAAUAAAUUGGAAAGAGGUCAAAAGGUCAGUGAGCACAUUGUCAUUGGCACCCCUGGGACCGUUCUGGACUGGUGCUCCAAGCUCAAGUUCAUUGACCCCAAGAAGAUCAAAGUGUUCGUUCUGGAUGAGGCUGACGUGAUGAUAGCUACUCAGGGCCACCAAGAUCAGAGCAUCCGCAUCCAGAGGAUGCUGCCCAGAAACUGCCAGAUGCUGCUUUUCUCUGCCACCUUUGAAGACUCUGUGUGGAAAUUUGCCCAGAAAGUGGUCCCAGAUCCUAACAUUAUCAAACUGAAGCGUGAGGAGGAGACGCUGGACACCAUCAAGCAGUAUUACGUCCUUUGCAAUAACAGAGAUGAGAAAUUCCAGGCCUUGUGUAACCUCUACGGGGCCAUCACCAUUGCUCAAGCCAUGAUCUUCUGCCAUACCCGCAAAACAGCUAGUUGGCUGGCAGCAGAGCUCUCAAAAGAAGGCCACCAGGUGGCCCUGCUGAGUGGUGAAAUGAUGGUGGAGCAGAGGGCUGCAGUGAUUGAGCGCUUCCGAGAGGGCAAAGAGAAGGUUCUGGUGACCACCAACGUGUGUGCCCGCGGUAUUGAUGUUGAACAGGUGUCUGUUGUCAUCAACUUUGACCUUCCUGUGGACAAGGAUGGGAACCCGGACAACGAGACCUACCUGCACCGGAUUGGGCGCACUGGCCGCUUUGGCAAGAGGGGCCUGGCGGUGAACAUGGUUGACAGCAAGCACAGCAUGAACAUCCUGAACAGGAUCCAGGAGCAUUUUAAUAAGAAAAUAGAAAGACUGGACACAGAUGAUUUGGAUGAAAUUGAGAAAAUAGCCAACUGAGAAGCUCCACCAGUCACUGGUGCCUGCCCUGGGCACUCCCCCGGCACGGGAGACUAGUGCUUUCCUGACACAGGCCUCGACAGUCACCACAAAGACGAAGGCACGAGUGGAGAGAAACUACCUACCUCAUUUUAAAUUACGUUUGGACUUGACAAAAAUUGUGCAAAUGAUGGGGGAAGGUAGAAAAAAAUUGUUUACACGACUUCUGAAGAUUAGGUGUGAAUACACAGAAAUUUACCUUUUGGAAAUUCCGUCUUUUUUUUUUUUCUUGGCCAGUGUUUUCCCCAUCAUUACACUAAUCUAGAUGAUGUGACUAAAUCACUUGCUCAGGAUCCUUUGUGUCAGCCCUUGCCUGUUCUCUGGCCAGGAGUGUUUGGGCCAGCCUCCAGCCCUUGUGGAAGUGACAGAAUAGAGGUAAGGAGAGAACACAGAGAGAGAGAGGCCCCAAGUAGGAUAGGUAUGUAAGCCAGCUGUUGUGUUUGGAGUAUGGUGUGAGGCAGCAGAGGCCUGUAAGCUGCUGCUUUGGAUUUGGGGUGUGACCACUCAUCUGAGUGUUGUUAGCCCCCUCUGUCCUGAUCUCACAGCAGGAAGGGAUUUGCUAAGCUUGGACCAAAAUGCCAACUGGGACCUUUGAUGUAUGCAGGUUUGUGUUGCAGGACUGUGAUCUGUUCUUCUCAUUAGGUGCAAUCGGUGUAUAGUGCACAGCUGAUUACUGGUGUGUCCCUUGCUUGUGCUUGAGCAAGUCCUGUGGAGAAGUCAUCAUGGAGAAUUAGUGGUGGCCCUAGCUUGCCACAAAACCUGAUCUCAUAGGCACUUGCAGCAUUUUUUUACAUCCCUAACAUUGCCUUGACCCCUUAGUAGCCGCAAGCAAAUAAAAGGUGAUCUGAAGUUUGGAUCCUCAGUGAAAAUUGUGGUUUCAAGUCUCUAAUGGUCACCCUCAAGGCAGCUCCAGAAGUGACCAGCAGUAGUCACAACUCCUUGCUUUGUCUCCAGAUCCCAGAAGGCAAGUUUUGUCAGAGCAAGUUUUUCAGUGCUUGGAAUACAAACAGGUGCAACUAAGGGACUAGAUGGACUACAGCCAUUCAUCUAUUGAAGGCAAGAGUGAUUGCCAAGGCCUUUGCUCCAUCCUUACUUGGUAUCUGUGUGUAGGACAGUCAGAGCAAAUGAUAGGAAUGGACACUUCCUUAUACCUGCCCAAAGCCAUUGGUACCCAGAGUGACAGAGCAAAAAUGAGAUGAAGCCAAGUUGCAAGAGCAAUAUGAAACCCCAGCCAAAAGGAGUCCUCUUCAGCUCUUUGACCUUGAUACAGAGUGGCCACUUUAUCUAGGACCAGGCCUGGAAGAGGGAUUUUCUGUGAUGAGAACUAUUCCAGUCCCAGACCUUCCUUGUAGGCGUUUCUGUUUUAGGGCUGGAUCUGUCUCUUGGGAACGGAAGGGGCCAAUGCCAGCCUCCAGGUGAUUUCCUUUCUCUGACAUUACAGAUCCUGCAGAGAGACCAACCGACUGCCAAUCCUGCCACAUUCCCCUGUGGGCACUUGACUGUGUAGUCUUCUCUAUGCUUCCGACCUACCUUGGGAGUCUUAUAAGAAGAAAAAAAUUUAAUGCCUCCCCUCCCUGAAAGUCCUGUGGACCAACCCUGAAAUAACUAAAAACAAAGGCAAUAAUUAAAGGAGUAUAGACUACUCACAAGGCUGCAGCCUGACUACACCAUACCUUCUCACAACAUAUAUAACCUAUCUACUGAGUAGCUGUAAAUCUGAGCAGGAAAAUGAGAAGGGAUGUGCUCCAGACUCGUCAAUAGGAGGAGUAAAUGGGUAUCUGGUAGAAAUCCAGAUCAACAGUUCUUAUCUGGGGUCUUGGACCCCUAAGAAUGGAUGGGUUUCAUGGGAGGCUAUGAAGUAUAUGUAGUAUUUUGAGUUUAAAUGCAUUUUCCUGGGGAGAGACUUCCAAGAGUGUCUUUUAAAAAGGUAAGACUCACUGCUAUGGAUGGCUCUGGAAUGUCACCCCAGUGUUACUGCAGUCCAUAUUCCUUCACAGUCCAUAUUCAUUCCUGCCAGUGCUUGGUUGCCAGGGCUCAAUGAUCCACAGCUGCCUCUGGGACCCUGUGCUGUCUUGAGACAUCAGUGAUGUAAAAAUGUAUUGAGCCUUUUGGUAAGCAUCAGUCCCCAGAGCUUCUUUUACUGUUUUUAGUAAGUUCCUAUGUAUGGAAUGAUAAAGUAUGCCCUAGAACAGAGAAACUCACUUGAGAAAAGGAGAUUUUGGUCCAAUGGAAGAUUGUAGAUAUGUUCAUUAUCCAUAAAAAACAGAUUUUAUUGG